CGCAAAUCUGAAAUUUGACAGGCUACUCAUUGUCUGUCAGUAGCAUAAUUCGCUUUCGUGAACUUGUCGCCAAUCAGCGUCGGAUGGUAUCACCUCUUCCUCGGUUUGUUGGCUUAAUGGUCAUUUCCGAUCUUCCCAUAGCUUUCACUUUGAUAUCCUCGGUGGACAUUCGGUACCAUGAUGACCUGCUAUUGGGUCGUCUUCGCACAGAUGAGGAUUCAUCCAACUUCACCGUCACCGCGCCUGAUGAGGUUAAUUCACUUCCACUUAGGCUGCUUCGCUUGCCACGAUCCUCUCCGCUGACUGGUUUUGCCGGUCUCGUCGACGCUGCAGUCUCUCUGGAGGCACGUGUGCUUACUCGAGGUUUCCUGACCAUAUUCGAGGAAGUGGAUGGCUUGGGAGUGUGGCGUAGAUAUUGGUGUCAAUUAAGAGCAGACCACCUACGAUUUUGGUUAUAUCCCGAAAACGAACAAUCCGUCCAGAGUACUGCUCCUUUGGGUCGCAUCGAUCUACGCCAUGUUGCUGCACCGCGUGCUGUACCCGCCCCAAGACGCAUUUGUGCUCGAGCCAACACCAUAUUUAUGCGUUCGAUCCGGACGAUUGAGCCUGGUUGGUUGUCCGCGUCUAUCAAUGCGAGUUCUUCCGGCACGGAUUCGAACGAAAGCAUUCUUUUCCGCUCCUCUCCAGACCAUAGCUGGUUGGAACAGAGACAUUUGUUGUGUGCGGACACGGUUCAAGAGCGCGAUUCGUGGAUAAAGUGGUUCAAUCUUUGUCUGGACGCUCUAAACGACUGGAUGCCUGAGCAUUUCGCUUGUCUCGCAGCGUACGAUGCUCGUCUUGAUUUCUCGCAACCCGUCUCGUCCAGUUUGUCCGCCUUGCUUAUGCACGGUGACUGUCACUGAAUAAGCAACCACGGAUGCGCCCCAUUUGUACCACGUUCGUUCACCCUCCGUCUUUCUCUUUCAUGUUCGUUGUCACCAGCCUUUUCUGUCUACUAUUUUUUACACCAAAUGCAUCUACGCCUCUCAUGUUCUCUUGUUCCU